CUCUGUCAGUACGUGCUGCCCGUGUGUCACGCUCGGAAUCCAGACUGCCAGCCCGCCUGCAGCUCCGCCCUGGCUCUUUAAAUAGACCUACCCAUCUGGGGCUGUUAUUCUGGAGCCAAACAGUGCGCAGGGGUGUUGUUUUAUUUUAGGGUGUGGAAAAAAACCCACAUUGUUUACUCCGGAGAUGGAGUUGGACCGGCGGCUGUUGCUGUCCCACUGUGCGGUUCACGCCCUCUCGUUCGCGGCGGGACUGCUCGUGGUCGUCCCCAUGGCUCUGAACGGCUCCGCUUUCAAAGGCCGCUGCGCCCUCUUCUCCACCGGCUACUGGAGGACCGAGGACCAGCCCGCGCUGCCGGCGGAGCAGCCCCGAGAGUUCAGUCACCUGGUGGUGCAGCAGUGGGGGCCGCUCGCAGCGUGUCAGUUCGUCACGUUCGUGGGCAUUUUCACGGUGCUGUACGGAGCUGCGCAGGGGUGGAGAUGCCUCUUCUAUCUGCACGGGGGGCAUGACGACACCCUGUUCUCGUCCUUUCUCACGGUCCUCCUGAGUGUGUGUGUGCUCUUCCUCUCUGGAGGGGCCAGUGUCAUCCUGUCUCUGGGAUUCAGCACCUGGUGUGACACGGUUACGGACACCCACAGACGGCCGUACAGUUGUGCGGAGUCCCAGUCGGUGCCGCUGUACCUGGACGUAAACACUUUGUCAUUCUACACAGAACUCAGUUUGGCUCAGGUGUCUCUAUGGUGUGUGACAGCUCUAUGGUUGGCCCAGUCCAUCCUGGCCUUCCUACGUCUCUACCACUCUCAUAGCCGGCACCUGAGCGGCCCUUGGCUGCACAGAGACAAGGAAAUGCUGCUGGGACACAGUCUGACUGACAGCACCUCCCCCUUACCGUCUCUACCUUCAUCCACCCCCACUUUGUGCGUGUGAGCAAAGGUGACCGAGGUGGUGGCACCAAAACUCCCCUUCCUCAGCCCUCCAAUUUACAUUAAAAAGCAUUAGUUUAUCAAACCAAUAUGGGUAUUUACAGAAAGCAUAACAACUACUUACAUGAAAACCAAGAAGACGUUGGAGGGAAUGUGGUCAAAACUAAACACUCUAUCAUAGAGCAUAGAUUCAUUCAGGGUGUGAAUAUUUUUUUAAAUCAAGAAUUGGUGUUGUCCUCAAAUGUUCAGUAUUAGGCAGGUUGGACUCUUCAUUUAGUUACUACAACAAAACAAAUCAAACAAGUCCCCAAAGGUCAUGAGAAACCUUCAACAUGCAGUUUUUUAUUGCAUGCCCUAUUUAAAACUGCAUGUUAUGACAGUAUUAGGGCCACCAUUAAAGAAUAAAUAAAUAAACUAUAUAUAUAUUUAUAAAUUGUAAUAUUUUAAAAUAUCUUUAAUAAAUGACUGAAGGACUUAAUAUAAAGCUUAGGUGCUGCAAAGUAAUGAUUCAACACAAGCAAAGUAAAAAAAAAAGAAUAUUAGAAUUAGUGUCUGAAAGAAAACUUCCAUGUUAGGUAAGGCAGAGCUGCACUCACCUCUAUCUUGGCCAAAAAGGGACUAAACUCAGAAUUUUAAGAAAGCCACCGAUUUAAAAAAAAAACUUCAGCCACAGUGUUGCAUGGUUGUUUACAUUUCUCCCAGAAUGCAUCAUUUUGCACAGUUGUGUACUCAUUGUGGAGAAAAUCAGCUUUUUGUUCUGUCAUAAUAACCACUGACGUGCUUUUAUGGUAAAGCAGAUGAUGAGAGUGACUGUGAAACUGUGUGUAGGCUCGCUGUGUGAGCAGACUUGAAAGUUCUGUUAGUUAUAGGAAAAAACCCAGAUGACCUCUGCUCUUGUGAUGAUUUUCAUAAUGAUGCUGUUUGUGCAGAUGCAGCUGCUCUGAGGGCAGCAAUGAAGCAAACACUUGGAUUGAAUUGAUCCGUUGUGGCUUUUGUACUGAGAGGUUUGUGGGAAAAACCAAUCAGGCCAUGUAAGAGGAACUAUGUUUUUAACUUUGCUGAGUUUUUAUUUUUUGAACUGUGACUCAAAGUUGUAAAAAGAAGAAUUUCCCGAUGGCAACGACCAGAGCAGCUGUAAUGACACACAGACAGUGGAACUGAAAAUCUGAAGUGAAGAGAAAACUGUUGGUUUGUUGCAUCUCACAAAAUAUAUUUGUACUUUUACUCACUGUGGUAUUGCUCUGUUAUUUUUAUCCAUAUGCAUUUUUUAUGCAUCUGUGCUGUUUUAAAAUAAACAUUUCCACAAGUAA